CCAACCGGGCUUCUGGAACAUCUUUGACGUGCAUGGACAUGCUGCCGACGCCAGAUACAUCGCAUGUGUCUUUCGAUCGAAUCUAUGAGCCAUAUGAAGAUUCAUACUUGUUUUUGGAUACACUUUCAUCCGCAACGGAAAUCUCGUUUCUUCACCAGCGAUUCUCGGCCGCGCAUGAACAACAUGGAAGUCCGAUGAUCGUCGAGACCGGUGUUGGGUCUGGUGUAGUUCUUGCGUUUGCCGCUGCCAACGCACACAUUAUUCUUGGCCGCCCGGACGUUGUCACGCUCGGCACUGACAUCAACAGCUUUGCCUGCCACGCUGCCUCAAAGACCGUGGAGACGGCGAUAUCAGAAAUGCGGUCAUUGAAGACCACAUCAUUAGAUAUUCUGAAUACCGAUCUAACAGCAUCAAUACGGCCCGGGCUAGUAGAUGUUCUUAUCUUCAACCCGCCAUAUGUCCCAACAGAGGAUCUGCCAGAUGCUGUUAAACAUGCCGAGUACAACCUCCGGUCGACUAUGAGUCCAGCAACAUCAUUUGCUCGAGACUCUCACCUCCUCGCACUAUCAUACGCCGGCGGCGUGAAUGGUAUGGAGGUCACGAACAAACUAUUGGCUGAGAUUCCCGUAAUUCUCCAUCCAAAACGUGGCGUCGCAUAUGUGUUGCUUUGCGCCCAAAACAAACCUGAAGCAGUCAAGCAAAGUAUCAGACAGUGGGGCUCGGAGUGGAGGGUACUCACAGCAGGGUUCAGUGGGAAGAAAGGUGGAUGGGAGAAGCUGCAGAUCUUGAGAAUCUGGAGGGAACCUUGACUCUUCAGACCCGCAAAUGCAUGGAUCCGCGAGACUUCCUCUAGACUGGGAGCAUCAAAGUCGCAAUGUAGUAGAAAACAUUCGAAGAGCCGAUGGGAUCGCUCAUUUCUAAGGGUCGGGAAGGGCUUUAGACCUUCGAUCCGGAUCAUGAAUUCUCCCAAAGAUAACUCUAUAUCAAAUCACUUGGACCUCCACAUUAAUCAGAACGGAAUACCAGCCUCAUGAUAGGGGCACCAGAUACGGGACGUGCCAAGAGCGACAAGCUUCCUACAGCAAAUUGCUCUAUGCAACAUGAUGCGAGAUAGCGAAGAAGCGCGGAGACCGCUUCACGCAUGCAUCAACAGGGAUAUUCCGAACUCGCUAAGGGGUUGCCAUAUCGUAGCAUAGGACCACGGAGUGCAAUAUAUGAAUUAUGACAAUGUUGUCUCACAGACAUCACACAAACAAAA